GCACUAAAAAAAAACCUAAUCUCGUUGAACAGAGAGAUAGGAAGCUAUGAAUUCCUUUCCAGAGGAUCUAUUAGCAAUUAUACUCGCCAAAUUACCAAUAAAGAUUUUCACAACUUUCAAACUUGUUUGCAAGCAAUGGGAAUCAAUAGUGGAUUCUCCAUAUUUCCGUGACUUGUUUCGGUCUAUGCACCAAAACUCACAUACUUCAUCAUCAUGGUCGAUCAUGUCUGGGAAAGAUGGAGAAGAAGUCGUAGCUCAGUACGGAUGCAACACUUGGGGACUCGAACAAUCUCUAGGCUCUUACAUCUCUUCUUUCCUAACCAAGAUGUUUGAGACUGAAAAAAACAAAUACAUUGUAUGGGCUUACAACGACGUUGGAUUGAUUUUGAUCAGUGAACUCCCUAUCUGGGUGACGAACCGAUCAUUGUACGUGGCUAAUCCAGUUUCACAGGAAUGCGUAGAGAUCCCGUCUCAUGCUCAUCUCAAGGAAGUCUCCUGUCCCUUGGGAAUUGCCACACGAACUGAGAAUGGCAUUCUUUUGGAUUACAGAGUUGUUCUGUUUGACGAGGACUUGAGAUUGCUGAUAUAUUCAUCACAUACAGGCUUGUGGAGUCUCAACACUGUGGAUUCUUAUCCUUCAGCUUUGUAUACACAAUCUCCCAUUAGCUUGCACGGGAGUAUUCAUUGGAUCGCCAGCACUAGUCACAGUGUAGAUGUUGUUGUAUCCAUCGAUUUAUACGCCACUGGUACAAGCUCUGUUCAAUGCCGUGUGACUUCUUUCCCUGAUUUCGGACAACAUCCCAAAUUCAAUAGAUCUUUCUCAACUUGUCAAGGAUCUCUCAUGUAUAUGAACAUAAUCAAAGUUGAUGGAACUCUAGAGGAUAAGCUAUGUGUAUGGAGGCUAAAUAGCGGAGAAUGGCAACUUGUAUCUGAAAUCACCCCUCCUUUUAUUGAUACCGGUUUCGAGUACAUUCAGUUGGGAACGAACCCUUUUGAUGCCAAAACAGUCUACUUUUGGAACAUGAACCACCAAACUUUGCUUUCUAUUAACUUACACAAUGGAAAGUUUGUGUUUGAGACCAAGUUGCUUUCUAGCAUCAACCCAGGAUUAUUUUUUCACUCGGUCGUUCUCCCACAAUGGCUGUAUCGAAUUCCCAACACGAUGAGGAUGGUUUAGACAUUAUAUCUGCUUUAAUUCACUUGUUUCUUUAAGUAUGUAUUUUAUUUUUUAUAACUCUUAGUUCUUUACGCAAGAGUAAGGAGUUUGGUUUAUUUCCAGUACUUUUGGUUUUUUCUCAAUAAGAGAGAAGAAUUAUG